AUGGUCCCAUUAAUGCUGCAGGCGCAGCAGCAGCAGCAAAAGAACCAGCAGCAGCAGCAAAUCCAGCACCUGCAUGCUCAGGAAAAGAGGGAGCAUCAGGGGCAGCAGCAAGACUACCACCAGCAGCAGCAAGAAUACCAGCAGGAGCUGCGCGAGCAGCAGCAGCAGCAGCUGCAGCAGCAACAACAGCAACAGCAGCAACAGCAGAAGCAGCAGCAGCAGCAACACAGGGCAGAGAUGUCGCCGCGCACCUCCCAAGCUUUGGCUGAACGUCCUGAGAGCAAGGGGGUCCUAGAAGGACCCACACAGCCUAAGGAGCAGCAGCAGCAGCAACUGCAGCAGCAGCAGCAGCUUCAGCCCGAGCAGCAGAAGCUGGAGCAGCAGCAAGAGCAGCAUGAGGGAGAUGAGGAACAGCAGGAACGCCCUCAAAAAUGGCAGCAGCAGCCUCAAGAGCAGCAGCAGCUGCAGCUGCAGCUGUACAAAGAGCAGCAGGAUCCGAAGGACGCUUGCAUGCAGCAGCUGCAGGUGUUUAAGCAGCAGCCGGAUCAGCCCGAAGUGCAGCAGCAGCAGCAGCAGCAGCAGCAAGGCGAGGAGCAGCAGCAAGGAGAGAAGCGGCAGGCGGGCGUGGGGGAAAGCACACAUAGCGGCGGCGCCAUUGCUGAGGUUACAGUAGAGCUUGCUGCUGCCCCUGCUGCUGCUGCCUGUGCUGCUGCAGCCUCUGCUGCUGCAGCCCGUGCUGCUGCAGCCUCUGCUGCUGCUGCCUCUGCUGCAGUUCCGCCCACUGUCGCUGCGAUUGGCUCAGCUCCAUCGUCAGAUGCUGCUGCUGCUGCUGCUGCUGCAACUUCGACUCCAGCAGCAGCAGCAGCGGAACAAGCAGCAGCAGCCUCUGCUGCUGUUUCAGCCCAUGCUAUUAAGGCUGCGGCCGUUGCUGCUGAUUGCUUGGAGCUUGAUACAAACAAGCAGGCAAGCAGCAGCAAAGAGUGCACCCUGUCAGCUGUUCGUGUGCCUGAUGCUCCAUGUGCAGCAGCAGCAGCAGCAGCAGCAACGGCGGCAGCAGCAACUGCAACAGCAACAGCAGCAGCAGCUUUGGGGCUCGUGCGGGGGCAGCAGCAAGUGUCAUAUCCUGCUGCUGCCAGCAGCAGCAGCGCAGCAGUUGCUGCUCAGUCGGCUCCCUCAGAAGGCCGCUGCUCCUCUGUGGCGGAGUCUGAGCGCAGCAGCAGCAGCAGCAGCAGCAGCAGCAGCAGGAUAUACAUGCGGGGGGGCUCCACUCUCUUUCCCCGCGUGCGCUCGCUGCGGCAGCUGCAGCACGACGUUGGUGCUGCUCUCUGCAGCUGGAGACACAACAUUUACAAUUGGGCAGCAGCAGCAGCAGCAAACUCUUGGGUGGGGCCCCAGGAGGGGGGGCUGCUGCAGCAGGGGGAGACUGCAGUGGUGCUGGGGAAGGUGUUUUGGGCCCUUGACGAGCAGCAGCAGCAAAUCGUCCGGAGGCACAGGCAGCACCACGCGCAGCAGCAGCUGCAGCAGCAGCAGCAGCAGCAGGCGCGGCAGCACAACCGGGGCGGCAAGUGCAGCAUCAACAAGUGCAGCAGCAGCAGCAGGAGUUGGGACGGAGAGCCCGCUGAGCAGCAGCAUGCAGUCGGAGGCGAUUGA